AUGGCCUAUGUCUUGACUGGUAAAGCGUCUGAAGGCUUGCUCGAUACCUACAACCAAGAACGUCAGCCGGCUGGCGACUUCAGCAUGAACCAGGCAUUUUCUCGACUUGUCAACAGAGUGUUCCGCGAUAGGAGUUCGGAAUGCGUCAAAGAGCUGCCGGAUCUUGUUUGCGAGUUGGGAUACCGAUACGCUCAGGAUACAGUCGAUUCGAGCGUAGAGAAGAGCGUGGAGAGCAUGUACGAGGAUCCGCACGAGCCCUUGGUGCUUGCAGGCUGCAGGCUACCUCAUAUAUGGCUGACUGGCGGGGAUGGCAACAAACUGUCGAGCCUGGAUCUUGUCAAGAGAAACUUUGUGUUGUUCACGGUAGAGGCCAGGUCACCAUGGAUGGAGGCUGCUGGAAAGCAGAGGGUACAGGUGGAUGCGUAUGCCAUCAACGCAUCAUCAGGUCCUUAUCAUGAAAGCGAGAGGUCAGCUAAAGAGGUUUGGAAGCUGCAAGAAGAUGAGGCGUUGCUAGUCCGACCCGAUGGUAUCAUCGCGUGGAGAGCAGUCGGAAUGGCGAGUGGACAUGUCGGCGAACUCGGUCGAGCGUUGGGUGCUAUACUGCGCACUGAAUAA